UUUCACAGGCUUUUAGACUUAUCACCCUUUAUUUACACAAAACCCUUUUCAAGGGUUCUCUCUCUUUCUCUUUUUCUCUCUCUUUCUGUUUCUGUUUCUGUUUCUGUUUCUUUUCUUUUCUUUUCUUUUCUUGUGCCGCUAUACUAUAGCCCAGCAGGGGGAGCCAUUUCAGUCUAAAAGCUUAUUCACCUGAAAAAAAGCUAUGUCAGGUUUGUAUAAUCCCAACUUUUCACCUGCUAGAGCUGCUUCUCCUCAGAUUAGAAGUACCCCUGAUGUUGACAGCAAUCAGUACUUGUCAGAGCUGUUGGCGGAGCAUCAAAAGCUUGGACCUUUCAUGCAAGUUCUUCCCAUAUGUAGCAGACUCUUGAAUCAAGAGAUUUUAAGGGUUUCCGGAAUGUUGCCGAACCAAGGAUUUGGUGAACUUGACAGAUUGCGACAUAGAAGUCCUAGUCCUAUGGGUUCAGCAAACCUUAUGUCAAAUGUUUCUGGAGCAGGAUUGGCUGGUUGGAAUGGACUUCCCCAGGAGAGGUUAAGUGGACCUCCUGGAAUGUCAAUGGACUGGCAGGGGGCACCAGCAAGUCCUAGUUCGUACACUGUGAAAAGAAUAUUGCGCUUAGAAAUUCCAGUCGACACUUAUCCGAAUUUUAAUUUUGUCGGGCGACUUCUGGGUCCCAGAGGAAAUUCAUUGAAACGGGUGGAAGCUACUACAGGAUGUCGUGUUUUUAUUAGAGGAAAAGGGUCAAUAAAAGAUCCGGACAAGGAGGAGAAACUAAGGGGAAGACCAGGAUAUGAGCACCUGAAUGAACCACUCCAUAUUUUAAUUGAAGCUGAUUUGCCAGCCAGUGUUGUGGAUAUUAGAUUGAGACAGGCACAAGAAAUAAUAGAGGAGUUGCUCAAGCCUGUGGAUGAAUCACAAGAUUUCAUAAAGAGACAGCAGUUGCGUGAACUUGCGCUGCUAAAUUCAAAUUUUAGGGAAGAGUCUCCCGGUCCAAGUGGCAGCGUGUCUCCUUUCAAUACCAGUGGAAUGAAACGUCCCAAGACUGGCCGUUGAGAGAGAAGAGACAUUGAAGUUGUUGAUGCUAAGAGAGGUUUGUACUCCUCGGAUAGCGAGAGGCAUGCCUGGACAUUCCUCUCAACAUACAUCCGUAUCCGCAUCACUACCUAAACCCAUGAUACAAAAUAGACAUACAGGUCGUUGCGGGUGAUUUUUGGUUUGCCUUUUGGUUUUUUUUUUAUUUUUUCAGCAACAGAAAUGAAAAGAGAGAGUAAAAAGGGAAAAAGAAAAAAGAGAUAGAACUUAUGGUUAUACAGUUGUCUUUCUGAAUUAGGUUUGGUCAUGUCAGUCCCUGUAAACGUCAUUAAUUUAUUCUUGUGUUAGUAAUUGUAGUGUGAAGCUGUUAUUGGUACAUUGUAGCGUUUAGUGGUUUGAAGCCAAUAGGUUUUUCCUUGACUUGCCCAUUGUGUUCGAGCUCCAUUGGUCAAUUAUUAUCAAAGAGACACCAAUAUUGGUGCUUUUACUAGAGUUGGAUUGGAUUUAUUUAUUCUGUCGUAAUAUAUGAGUACUUGAUAUGUCAAUAUGUAAUAUUUUUCUUCCCGUGGAAACAGGGAUAUUCUUUAAUUCUUCCUUCAAUUAUUAUA